CUUGACAAGUAUCACCGCGCAGGCACCACGCCAUAACCCCGAAUUCGAAUUCGACUGACACUCGAGUACACUGCACUGCCCACAUAUUACCCUGCAGACUCUUCUCAACGAACGACCAUCAAGGCUUACAGAGUCAAAAAUGAGAAUGCGGAGGUCUCUGCGAAGCACGCUGACCUGGACCACGUCGUUUCUUGCUCUCGUGAGCCAACCAGUGAGGGCUGCUCCAGCUGAAGUUCCCUCAGCAGCCUCUUUCUAUGUUCCUUACCUCCCAAGCUUGCAUCAGGAUACAGCACACCCUUUACACAUAUACGCUGGACACAUUCUUUCCGACCCCGAUGCAGAAUCAGCAGGCAGCACAGACGUUCUCGCCCAUUUGUUCUUCGUGAUGGUGAAGGCUCGUAGGGCAGCCGAUAAGGAGAGGCUGAUGUUCUGGUUUAACGGCGGACCUGGAUGUUCCUCAUUUGACGGUCUGAUGAUGGAAGUUGGACCUUGGAGAAUUGAUGGGGAGGGUGGCCUGAAGACAGUACAAGGAGGCUGGGAAGAGUACACCACUAUGGUAUAUGUGGAUCAACCUGCUGGAACAGGUCUCUCGUAUACUAGCACGAACCACUACGUGCACGGUCUACAACAGACAACUGACCAACUCAUGGAAUUUCUGCGCACAUUCUACAAAGUGUUUCCUGAAUACGAAACUGUAGACACCUAUCUGGGCGGCGAGAGCUAUGCUGGACAAUACAUUCCCUACUUCGCGGAUGCUAUUCUCUCAUCAGACCUCAGAAUGCCCUUACGGGGAGCUGCAAUCGGUAAUGGCUGGAUAGAUGCUCGCAGCCAAUACCCUGCAUACCUAGACUACGCCGUCACGCACGGACUUGUCGACGAGAGCUCACAGCACUAUAAAGACAGCAAAGAUGCGACUAAUAGAUGCAUGACAGAAUUCAGGGGUCUUACUUCAGAACCCGUUCAUAUUGAUCAAUGCGAGGGGCUGCUGACGUUUGUCCUCAAAAGCAAGUCGAGAACUGUCGACGGACAGCAGAAAUGCGUGAACAUCUAUGAUGUCCGGUUGGAAGAUGAUGCACCUUUCUGCGGCAUGCAAUGGCCUCCAGACUUGAAGAACAUCAGUUCUUACCUUGCUCGCAGAGAUGUCAUCAGGGCGCUCCACGCAGAGGCCAAAUCCGAGAACUGGGUCGAAUGUCUCGGAAGGGUCAGCACUGAGAUGAAUGACUAUCUGUCUCCAUCAUCUGUCACGCUUCUUCCUGCGGUGCUAGAAAAAAUCCCCGUUCUAUUGUUCGCUGGUGAUCAAGAUUUCAUCUGCAAUUACAUGGGUAUCGAGACCAUGAUCAAGUCUUUGACAUGGAACGGAGCGAAAGGACUAGGGAAAGUACAAACCAAAUCAUGGACGGUCAACGACAUCCCAGCGGGGACCUGGGUUUCCUCACGAAACCUCACGUAUGCCAAGAUAUUUAACGCAUCACACAUGGUGCCAUACGACGUCCCUGAAAUCGCGCAUGACAUGAUUUUGCGAUUCAUGGGGAUGAAUUUCUCCGCCAUCGUCGACGGGUCCGCGCGCAUACCAAGCGCAGUCGGAGAUGAUGCCAAACCUAUAUUUUUGGACAGCGGCGAUGUGCCGUUAUCAUCGCCGUUGCCCGGCAAGACGCCCGAGCAGACCAAGGCCCAGUGGGAUGCCUACUACAAUGCAGGCUCAGUAGUCCUGAUCUUUCUCGUUCUGGCGAUUGCCAUCGGCCUUUGCAUAUGGUGCCGUUUACGUCGUCGACCUGUGCGGUUGUCGAGGGAUCUUCAAUCUGAAGAAAAUAUUCCGUUGAACGGAUAUGACGACGAGCGGUUGCAACGAAAACGGAAAGGGAAGGAACGGGCUAUUGACGAUGAGAGCGGGACAGCUAUCUUCGAUGUUGGAGAGGACGAAGAGGAGUAUGUUAAUGGUGAUGAUGUGCGGAAAGAGAGAAUAGAUUAGGUUAUUUAUUGUAGUUUGUCGCUUGACAUGUCUGACCCCGGGUCAGAACAAUCAUUCCGUCGAACGCGGCGUUCCCACACUCGGACUCAGGAAGUGGUCCUGAUCAUCCGCGUCAUCGGCUAAACAGCAACUUUAAAUCUAUCAGUGAAAUAUUCAACCUGUAUGAAUGACGACCUGCUUGACAGCCCAAACUCCAAAUAGUUUUUUGUUACAGAGGAAUAACCUCUACUUUUGAUAUCGCGCUUGAUUGUAGGGGACUCUGAGCUUGCAUUACAAUGUGCACGAGACAACGCCACAAACGACGACUACUUAGACUUGAUAGGCUUGUUGGUCUAGAGUCUUCAGGACCCCCAGGCAAGGCUGAUGACCACGACAGGGAGCCAACAAGCAAGCGUGGUUAAAACGAAAUG